AUGCCUCGCACAAAGCGCUUUCAUGCGCUGAAGCGUCCUAAACUCCGUCAAGAUUGGUCAAAAUGGAACCUUUACAACCUCACACGAGUCACAACACCCCCCGCAUCAAAUAAGACCUUCUUCCAGCAAAAAUGGGCGGCCAAAAGUAUGCUGCGAUCAUAUCACAAUCCCGAUGUUCGUGAGGGCACGUGGACACGGAUGUUCGACAGGCGAUUACCGGCAGUGGUUCCGAUGGAUCAUCGAUAUCUGGCGAAAGAGGACGGUAGCGAGAUGGCAAAGGGACGAGGAAUGGGAGUUGAGAAGAGCCCAGUCGAAGAGCAGGACGCUCGAACAGGCGCGGCACGCAACAGGGCCAACCAGAAGACGCCUUACAUGCACAUGACAUUUCACCCUCUAGAGCGGCGGCUAGACACGUCCAUAUUUCGUGCUCUGUUCGCAAGCUCAACGCGGCAGGCCCGUCAAUUUGUCGUGCAUGGAUUCGUCAAAGUCAACGGGAAGAAGAUGAAAUAUCCUGGAUACCAACUAAACCCGGGCGACAUGUUCUCGGUCGAGCCAGACAUGGUUCUAUUCGCCACUGGAGCACGGAAGAUGAAGAAGGACGAUAACAGAUCAAAUCUGGAGGUUCAGCGGGCGUACUUGAAGCGGCAGGAGCGGGAGGAGGAGACCAACGAGCAGAGAUCGCGAAGAAGGGAGCAAGAGGCGGAGGAUGCCAUGGAGGAAGACGUUGAUGCGGAGGAGCUCGAGGAUGGUGCAUCACCUGGGGACGGCGUGGCUGUUGUGGAUCCAAAGACAAAUUACGGCACAGAGCUUCGAGCAUUAAUGAAGCGUGCCAAAGUCAUUCUGGCCGACUCAAAGCGCGAUUUGUCCGGCAAGAGCAAGAUUGAACUACGAAACUUCACUCGCCAGGUCAAGACAGUAUUUGCCAAGCUCAGAAAGACGGAGGAGUCUGAGACAGAGGCAACACUCGAAGGGCUGGAGACCACAUUGGCCGAGAUCUUGACGAAAGUACCACAGGAUUCCGUGCCACAAAGCGAGAACCCUGCAAGCACGGAAGUGACAGAUGCAGCAGCAUCAAGCGAAACACCUGCACAGUCGAUAAAAGAGAACGCCAAUCGCGCACGAAAGGACGCCGAGCUUCUUCACGCCGCCCUGGAACGAGCUCGCGCAAAUCCAAUUGAUCAAUCAAAGCCAUAUGCGACACCCUGGGAACCACGAGAGUUCAUGAGUGCAUUUGCGUUCAUACCGAGAUAUUUGGAAGUCAACCAGAAUAUUUGCUCGGCGGUCUACCUGCGGCAUCCUGUUGCGCGACCUGGGCUUGCGGAGGUUCCAACUCCUUUUUCAGCAGAAACGAUGGCGCUGGGAUUCAACUGGUAUCUACGAAGGAGAUGAGCGUGUCUCCUGGCAUGGGUGGUGCUCAGUGUAUCAUAUUCGGGCGUCAUGUGCCAUACCACAGGAUUGUACGAUGUACAUUUCAAGGAAGCGAUCCCUGCGAAGGAUUCAAAUUCGACUUGACUCCUCUUUGUCCAUUGCUCUUCAGCCUCCGAAACUCUGAUGUCGUUGCUGUUCGUUCAUUCAAGUUCG